CGCCCCGGAACUUUCCUCGCGGGGGUGGGUGUGUCGCGUUUCCCGCUCCCGGAAGUGACGCACCGGCGGGACGGAGGCGGUGGCGGCAACCGAGGAGCACCCCAAAACUGCAACCCAGCCCACCCCCCACACAUGGCGGUGGAGCCGGAGCCCAUGAUGGGGUGGGACCCCAAAACUGAGGGGGACCCCGGUGUCACCGGCAAGGAGCCGGACCCCGCAGCGGCCAAGGGGGACCCCGUGUCCCCAGACCGGGACCCCCCGUUGGAACAGGACCCCAAAAAGUUGAAGCGGGACCCCGUAUCCCCGAAGAGGGACUUUGCCGAGACGUUGGACCCCAAAAUGAGGAAGCGGGACCCCAAAACAUCAAAACAGGACUCCACAUCCCCAAAGUGGGACCCCAAAGUGUCGAAGGGGAACCCCACGUCCCCCACGCCGGACCCCGUGUCCCCGACGCAGGAUCCUGUGGUGGAGGGGGACCCCCUUUUCCUCAAGGGUUGGGGGGCUGAGCGCUGGCGCCCCGAAACCGGCCCCUUGGGGCGCCCCCGGCGUCCCCCGGCCCGCACCCGCCUCCGCAACCGCCGUUACGCCGCCCUGCGACAGCUCAUCCAAGACGGGGAGUACUUCAGCGAGGAGGAGAUGCGGGCGCGGGAGCCUCUGCUUUACCAGCACUACAUCGGGCAAUACCGGGGGGCCGAACCCCUCCCGGGGGACCCCCCGGUUGCCCCCCAACCUUUGGGGACCCCCCAGGGCCCCCAAUCUCUGGCGGGGCUGCUGCUGCGCUCGGUGGAGGAGGCGGCCGUGCAGCAGCGCCUGCGCCGGCAGCGCCUGCAGGACGGCGACAGCGGCGAUGAGGAGGGGGACGCCUCCCCGGACCCCUGGGUCCCCGACGCGGCCGAGCGGGCGAUGCUGCGGGAGGAAUUCACCAGCCGCAUGUACCAGCGCUUCCUGGACGGGGAGGACGGCGACUUCGACUACAGCCAGGUGGAUGAGAACCCCGACCUAGACAACCUGGACAUCGUCUCACGGGACGCCGAGGAGCGAUAUUUCGACGAGGAGGAGCCCAGCGAUGCCCCCCAGCUCGAGUAGGGUGCCCCCCCCCCCAAAAUAAAGGGGAUACCCCUCCCCA